AUGCGCGUCCCGGGCUCCCCCAAGCCGCGCUCACCAUCGCCAAAUCGCGCUCAGCGGCAGCAUCUCCGCCCGCUCCUGCUGGCUAACCGCGCCCGCACCACCCUCACCCUCCCAAAGCCGACGUUCAAUCGCGCUCUCAUAUCCUCGCCACGCAACUACAAGAUGACGAAGAGCGCAGCGGAUCGCUCGGAAAGCAGCCUGGGUUCAAUCUCUUCAGUUCCCGCGGCUGCAGCCAGCAAUCUCAUCGAAACUUCCCACGUCACCACCAAUGUCACCAACGCCAGCCCUGAGAUCAAGGUCACACCGCCCGUCAACAGCCCAGCGCUAUGUGAACGUACCGUCACCGCCUCCCUUGAAGAGUUUCAAGUUCCCGAACGCUCAUCCUCCCUUGGCGCCACAGCUACAAGCCAGUUCCCAGCCACACAGCCCAACUUUGCCCAAGAGGAUCAUCGCUUUCUGGCGCCGCACUACGUGACUCUGCGCCCACCAGUUCCUCCACGCAACUCGCCCUGGCACACCAACCCCAGCCAUGUCGGCGUCUACACCCCACGCCCUGUUGUUUCCCUCCCUCCUCAUUCCGCCCGCCGCGUUGGGGAUGCGUGGGAUGGGAAUUUCAUGCCAACGAUCUCCCGCUCAGGCGCGCAACAGCCCAUUACCAAGCCUAGUGGGCAGCUCUUCGUGUAUCACCAUGACGAGGACAUCGGACAUGCCUUGUAA